AUGCAGAAUACUGACUAUCAGAUGUAAGGAAAAGAAGAUAUAGAAAAAAUCUAAAGUGAGUUCUUAGAAAGAAUAUUAAAAGUGUGCAAAUUGGAAAAAAAAGACAUUUCAAUGUAGCUCUUGGAAAUUUUAAGGUAUGACUGUAUUUCGUUAGAAUCCAUUUCAGAUAAAUUUAAUGAAAUUCUAGACGAAAAGUAGUUAAAUUUGAUUGUCUCAAUAGCUGAUGAAUAUCAUUUAAAAUAUUCAACUCAAACUCAGAGGUAAAAAAUUGAACCCGAAAUAUUGUAAGCUAUUUCACUUAAUUAAACUGUUUAAGAUGAUUGCAUCCCUUCAAAUAUUUGUGUGUAAAACAACUAAAUUAUUGAAAAUAAAUAUUAAGAAAUUCAAAAAGAAGUAUUUGAUGAACAAUCAUAAAAUAUUAAGCCAAAUUUUGAAACAACCAAAGAGCUUGAUCUAAAUUAGCCUAUAAUUUACUAAGCUUUAGAUAUAGAAAAUUCUAAAAAAAAUGAAGCAGAAUUUUAAGAUGUUUUAGAAAAUAUCGAUAGUAAAACACAGUAGACUAGCUGGAUCAAGGUAUAGAAAGAGUCUAUGCUGAAUUCUAAAGAAAAAAAAGAGUAAAUUGCUCUAUUGUAAUUAGAAAAUACUUAAAUGAAGGAGGAAACAAUUACAGAGAUAGUUACAGAUAUUGAAAUAAUAAAUAAUAAAAAUUCUAUUGAAAACAAUAUUCAAUAAUAAACAGAUUAAAAGUAAUAUCUUAUAGAUGAUUUUGUUAAAAAUAUCAAUGAAAUAUCAUAAGUAGAUUUGAUUAAAGAUCAUUAUCCUACUCUUAAUAAGCUACUUUGUUAUUUAAAAGAAACAGCUAACCUAAAUAUAUAAUUUAAUGAAUCAAAUAUAUUAUCAUUUAUAGAAAAUUUAGAACUUAGUGGAGUAAAAGAAAGGAAAAUUAUAAGUUAAGCUAAGAGCUUUAUAACUUAAUAUAAGGAUUUACUAGAAGAAGAUAUGAAAAUACUUAACAAAGAUUAUAAUAUGGUAUAAGAAGAAGAACAUAAAAAGUAAUUUAGAAAUACUUUCGAUUUACUUGAUGAAAAUAAGAAAUAAAUUUGCGAAAAAUAAAUAAAAGUUAUGGUAGAAAGUUUAACUGAAUAAAAUAUUAAAUUAGAAAAUAAAUAGAUUUUUAGAUGUCAAACAAUAAUCGCAAAAUAUCCAGAAUUUGAGAACUAUGUUUUUACACUGUAAGAAAUUUAGAAAAUUGAAAAUAUGUAACCCAUAAAUAUACUUGAUAUUUAUAAUAAAUGGUUGGAACUAGAUAAUUGUGUGAAUUAAGGUGAAAAAUAAAUCAUUUUGUAACUUUAAUAAUUCAACUUUUAAAGGAAUAGCAAUUUAAUCGAGUUUGAAAUUAUUCAAAAAUUAUUAAAGGCUCUUUAAAAUAAAAGCAAUAAAGAAAUUGAAGACAUUUUUGAUAUACUUUAAAUUUCUUACAAAAAAAUGAAAGAAAUACUUUAAAUUUGGAAUGAAUUCGAAGAUGAACAGAACAAAGAUAAUUAAUAACCUGAAUUUUUAAAUUUCAAAUAAUUCAUUUAGGGCUAAAUUAAUGAUAAAAAAUUGAGUAGUAAAGUAAAUAAUAGUAAAAUAUAAAGAAUAAUUGAUCUUCUAAAAUCUACAAACAAGCAAGAUCUUAAUGAACUAGAUGAAAUUUUUGGUUAAUUUGAUUUGACUUAGAAAUAAAUUAGAUUAAUUUAGCAAUAGUAUGAGAUUUAUUAUUAAAAAACAAUCAAUUAAUAAAAUUAAGUAAUCUAAGAAUAAAUCUAAAAUGAGAGAAUUUAUAAAAAAGAUUAAAGCUUAAGUAAAAUCUACACUUUAUUAUAUCAACAAAAAGACUAUUGCCUUGAUAUAGUGAGCCUAAAAGUUAUAUGUGAAUUCUAAAAUAUUUAAGAAUUAAUUAAUUAACUAAAAUAAAAUGAAGUAAAAACUAUUGGUUUAUAUGGAGAUUUUAAGCUUGCUAUAAAAAUAAUUUAAUCAUAUUACCCUAAUUCACCAUAGUUAAUUGACUUAGACCAAUAUAUACCUCCGAAUUAUGAUUAACUAGUGGCUAUUACAGAUGGGUAUUUAAUAUUUUUAAUUUUGUAAGAUUAAAAAAGUGCUUUUGAAGGAGAUAUAUUUGAUAAUGAAGAGAACUAAUUAUACAUACGUUUCCUCUUAGAUAGUUGUUCUAUACUGAUUACAUGCUUGAAUCAAAUGUAAGUUUCUUUAUGGAGUGAUAUUAAUCCAUUUGAGCAAUUUGAGGCUUUUAUUCCUCCAAAGGAAUACAAAGAUAGAUCUUCUAUUUUUUUGAAUUAGAUUAAAAUAAAUUCUAAUUUAAAAGAGAAAGGUUAGGUUUUAUUAUCUAAUGAUUAAAAUAAUUCUAUGGUCAUUCAUGAAUUUUAAUUUGAUAAAAUUUUAGAUUUUAACACAAUAUAAACACAUAAAAGAUAAAUCUAAAUAAAUAGGAAAUUAAUAAAUGAACUGUUCAAUAAAAAUAAUCUUUACGAAUUUGUUGACAUUGAUGAAAUUAAAGAGAAAAAAAAAAAUAUUAUUUAAAAUAUUUUUAUAAAACAUACAGAAUAUUCUAAACAUAUUGAAUAAAUAUAUGAAGAAUUUAUAGAUCAGAUUAAAAAUUUGUAAAAUAGUCUUCAAGAAAAAAAAAUAUUGAAUGAUAUUUUAUAAUCAGAAAACAAGUAAAAUGAAAAUCUAUAUUAAAAUUAAUAAGCUGGUGCUUAUUCAGAAAGAUAAAAUGUAGAUAAGUAUUUAUAUAGCUAAGAUUAAGAUAAAUAAUAAAAAAUAUAUACAAAUCAAAAAAAUGAAAAAGAUAAACAUAAAAAAUAAAAUCUUGAUUUCAAUCAUAAAUAAUAUGAUUUUAAAAAAGAUUUUUACUAUUAUAAAACUCUAAUAUGUGGUUGCAAAAUUAAUUCUUACUAUACUUUAAAUGAAGUUCAAAUAGACUUUCUUGCUAAUUUCGAAGAUUUUUCUUUUUAAAAAUAAAUUGUUGUAUUGUUAUUAGAUGAUAUUUUUAAUAUUACCUUAUAAUUAAUAUCUAAUAUAAUUGAUAUGAGAGAAUUAAUAAAUUCAUUAAUAAUUUAAGCAAAAGACAACUUUUUAAAUGAAAUUGACUAAACAUAUGAUAAAUUUACACAAUUAUAAGAACAAAGAAUAUUCAUUUAUCCUUUAAAAUUUAGUUAUGACCCUUCAAUAAAAGAUGAAAUUUAUUUAAGCAUCAAUUAUUAAAUUAAACAAAUAACUUUGAAUGAUUAAGCACACUAAUUAAUUGACUACAUAUCGUUCGAUGAAUUAGUAGAUUAUAUAAUAUCUAAUAAUAAGUAGGAACCUGAUAAAUCAAAGCAUAGAACAUAUAUUUUGAUGUAUAAAAAGAAAAAAAAUUAUAAUGACAUUGAAUAAGUAUAUUCAGUUCCAGGUGUAGACAUUUCUAUAUUUAUAAAUUAAUAUUCUAGAUAGUGGAUUAUUUUUGCAAAUGAUACCAAAAAGAGCUCUAUAGGAAAAAUUAACUCAAAUUAUCAUUUUGAAGAAGGAAGAUUGGAUCGAAAUAUAUAUUAUUAACAAACACAAUAUGGAAAUACAAUAGAAAGAGUUGAUUCUUGCAUUUUUCUUAAUGAAAAAAACAACGCUGUAAUUGUUUAUGAAAAAAAGAAAAAAUAAUUCUAUGAAUUUUUUUUAAGUGGCCAGCUUAAAGAAAUUAAAUUUGAUUUAUCUAGAGAAAUAUCGAAUGAUGGAGUUAUUAAGAUUUAAAAUAUACCACAUGAGGAAUCUGGUGAUAUUCAAUAAAUAAAAAAUACAUGUGAAGGAGACUUUUACUUUAUUUAAACAGAAAAAUAUAUCUUUUUAACUAACCCUAACUAUAUUGUUAAGCAUUAAAUUUCACUGAAAGAAAAUUUUAAAAAUUUUAAACUUAUAAUAACUGAAAACGCAAGCUUAUUGGUCACUCUAUAUGCAAAUAAUUAAUAUGAGUGUUAUUUAAUUUAAGGUAUUGAAGAUUUAGACGAUUCUGAUAAUAAUAGCAAUUUAAGUGAAGUUAAAGCUAAAAUUGGUAACAUAGUAAUUGAUAAAAUUAUUAAAUCAAUGGUUCAUUAUGGAAGCAAUUAUAAUUUAAUUGGAAGUCCAGAACUAGUUCAUUAGCUAUUUUUUUAUGAAAAUAGUUUAGAUAAUCAAAUUCAGAAUUUCGGAAAAUGCAUAGAGAAGUAUUUCGAUGUGUGUAUGAUGCAAAAAAAUAUAUAAUUUAAGAUAACUCAUAAUCAAAAAAAUUGCUUUAAUAAUAUAGAUCUUUUGAUAAAUAAGCUAGAUUCUAUGAUAUAGAAUGCGGAUUCUAUUACAUGCUAAGAUCUAUAAUUUAUUAUGUAAACGAGAAUUCCUAUAUAGCUUACUACUAUUCAGUAAGCUAAUUACUUGCCUUUAAAGGAUGGUUUAUUUAAAUAAGACUUAAUGAAUAUCCCAGAAGUUGAAGAUUAAAUUGAAUAAAUCAAAAAGUAAAUAUCGUUUGGAUGGAUUGAAAGCUUAAUCUAAUCUUAAAAUUAAGAAAUGUAUACAGUUGCUAUGUGUGGACGUCAAUCAGUUGGUAAAAGCUCUUAAUUAAAUAGAAUGUUUGGUACUAGAUUUGGUGUUUCAGCUUCAAGAUGCACAGACGGUAUAUGGAUGGGGCUUUCAAAAGUAGAUGAUAAACUAAUUUUAGUUAUGGAUUGUGAAGGAUUAUUUUCUAUUAGAAGAACAGAUGAUGAAGAAGUUAAAUUAUUACAAUAAAUAACAAGCAUCAGUGACAUUACCAUUGUUUUCUGUGACAUAGAUGGUAUUAAUUAACCACUUUUAUCUCUAUUUAAAAAAUUAUAGAUAUGUUCUGGUAAGAUGCAAAGUGAUUCUUUCUUUUUAGGUACAAUGGUACUUUUAACUAAAAAUGUCUAAGAUAAAGGAGAUUAGAAAAAAUUAUAAUAAGAGAGUUCAUCUCAUUUAAGUAAAAAAGAAACAAAAAAUACCAUCUCAAAGAUUUUCCGUAAAGGAUUGUCAUACGGUUUUUUGAAGAGUUAUUUAGAUAAAGAUUAUGAUUUAAAUCUAUAAAAUGUCAGAGAUGAGCUUUUGUAUAAUAAUGAAAGAUUAAUACUAUAAUUUGAGUAUAAACCAAUUUCAGAUGAUGAAAAAUUAUUGAUGAAAGAGGAGAUAUUUGAAUAUCAAGUAAAUGAUGAUGAAGAUAAUGAUAAUAAUAGAGUAAUAAAUAAUUUGGAUGAAUAAGACUUUCUGAUUAAAUCCGAAUAAAUUAAGCUUUAAUUUGAAGAAAAUAUUUAAGGAUAUGAGUAUCAUCUAAACAAAUAAACAGUAAAUAUUGAUUAAGAAAAAGAAGAAAUAUAUAAUGAUUAAGAUGAACGAGAUAUAUUAGAACAGCAAUAAGAAAUUAAUUUUGAUUAAGAACACUAAGCAUAAUAUAACUAUAAAAGUUAUAAUAUUUUGUAAAUUAAAUAAUAAGAAGUGAAGCUAAUUCCGCAAUAAGCUCACAACGCUUUUUCAGAAAAAAAAUCUUAGAAUAACAUGCUUUUAGAAAAUAUUUUUCAAAAUUGCUUUAGAAUUUUAUCAAGAAUAAAUUUUAAUAAUUUUAUUGAUUAAAUGUAAAGUUUUUUUGAUUCCUUUAUAGGUUAAAGGACAAAUACCAUUUAAGAAUAUUUUAAUAAUAGAAUGCCUAAAGAGCCUAAGUAUAGGGAUAUUGUUUAAAAAUUCUAAUAAAAAUUAAAUACUGUUAUACAUUCUUUUGAAAAAUAAUUUAUUAUUUGUAGAAAAAAAUGUAAUAAAUGCAAUAGAUCUUGUAUUAAUAUUUCAGGUCACAAAGGAGAUUGUAAUUGUGAAACAUCUCAUAAAUGUUAUACUAAAUGCUAAAAAUGUAAUAAUAAUAAUGAAUGCUUUUUGAUUUCUGGUCACUAAGGAAUACAUUAUUGUAAGGAAGUAAAUCACCUUUGCAAAGAACCAUGCCAAAUAUCAAACUCAUGUAAAGAACUUUGCACUUUAAUACCUCAUUUAGAUAAUAUCAAGCAUAGCUGUUAGCGUGAGCAUAAAUGUGAACAUUAGUGUAGAUUAUACAAUAAGUGUGGAAAGUCAUGCUCACUUUAAAGUGGACAUGAAGAAAUAAAUCAUUUGUGUGAUUCAACUCAAUGUUAUGAUAAAUGCAAAUUUUGCGACAAACUAUGCGGCUUUAAUUUACAUGAUCAUGAUGUACUAUUGUCUAAUAUAGAAAAAAAUAAGGAAAUUCUUAUGAAAGAAGGAAAAUUGGUUACUUAGCAUUUAUGUGGGGAUUACCAUAAUUGCUUAGAAAAAUGUGAAAAACCAGGAGUAUGCAGUAUAACUUAUAAAACAGAAGAAAAAACAUGGGAAACAGCAACAUCUAAAUUCGAAUAUUAAUUUAUAAAACCUUGUAAAUCCUAAAAAUAAUGCAAUGUUAAAAUAAAACCUUGGUAAACAAAUCAUAAGGGUGAUCAUUAGUGUGAAAGUGCCAAAAAUCAUAGGUGUGAUUAAUAAUGCCCAGAAUGUUUAAGUUAUUGCUUUGAAAAUUAUAAUCACUCAGGAAAUCAUAAUAGCAAAAAUCAUAGAAAUAAAGAAAAGUGUAUCUUCGUAUCAGAAACAGAUCAAAUAAAAAUUAACUAUGAAUUAGGUAAUAUUAGAAAAUAUUUGCCCGGAGAGAGUUCAACACCUGAAAAUUGUCUUUAAUCUUGUCUUAGAAUGGGUAGAGCUCAUAUACAUUUAAGAGUUUGCAAAGGAGGAGAUGAAUGUGCAGAAAAAAAGUAUCCUUUUGCUCGCCACUCUACUAAGUAGUAUAAACCUUACACUGAUCUAAUUUAUGAUGAAAUGUUAUGUAAAGGCUAUUGGAAUAGUAUAAACUGGGAACCUCCUGUUGAAGAUGAAAACUUAUAAAUUAUAUAAUCAUGCAAUGUAGGUUGUUCUCAUGAAUCACAUACAUUCUCUCCUAAUUAUUGUACAAAAUAGGCAUGGCAUGAAGGAUUGCACUAAAUUGAUCCCAUAAAGUGUGAACACUUAGGAUCAGGUAUUGUAGAUAUAUGCUUUACUAUUGAUACUACAGGUUCUAUGGCCUGGGCUAUGAGUAGUGUUAAAGAAGCAGUAAAUAGUAUUGUCAAAAAAUUUGAAGGAAAGUCUGAUAUUAUGUACUGUAUUGUUUCAUAUAGAGAUCAUCCUCCUUAAGAUCAAUCCUACAUUUUUAAAAUAAAUUCUUAAUUAACAAAUAAAGAUACAAUUUUAUAAGUUUUAUCAAAUAUGAAAGCAGAAGGGGGUGGUGAUGCUCCUGAAGCUGUUAUGGAUGGUUUAUAUAACUCUAUAACGUCUAUUAAUUGGAGAGAUAAUUCUCAAAGAUUUAUUUUUCAUAUUUGUGAUAGUCCUCCUCAUGGGAAAAAGUUUGGGGCAUCUAGCAGCGAUAAAUCUUGGACUGAGAAAGGAUGUCCUUGCGGUAUUAAUGAAGAUUAAAUUGCAUAUUAAUUGAAAACUAAAAAGGUGUUUUAUUACUUGGUUAAAGUAAAUUCUUCAUUAAACAUGAUGGAAAAUAUUUUUAAAAAUAUUUUUGGUUCAUUUUACAAACAAACUAUAGAUUUAAAUGACACAAGUAAAUUAAAUAUUGAAAUUGUUUAAGCUUUAAUAAAAGAAAUUAAUUUAACAAAUGAAUUUUAUCAUAUAAAGGAUUGA